UAUCCCUCCUCUUUCCUGUCCUCGCUCAGCGUGACGUCCAUCGCGGACCGUCUGAAUGUGGACUUCGCUCUCAUCCACAAAGAGAGGAAGAAGGCCAACGAGGUGGACCGCAUGGUGCUGGUCGGUGACGUCAAGGACCGCGUGGCCAUCCUGGUGGACGACAUGGCCGACACCUGCGGCACCAUCUGCCACGCUGCCGACAAGCUAAUCGAUGCUGGAGCUGUGAAGGUCUACGCCAUCCUCACGCACGGCAUAUUCUCAGGUCCGGCCAUAUCUCGCAUCAACAGCGCCCCGUUCGAGGCUGUGGUGGUGACCAACACCAUCCCGCAGGAGGAGAAGAUGAAGGCCUGCCCGAAAAUACAGGUAUACACAACACCUGCUGUCUUUAGAUGAGAUGGUGCACAGAACUCAACCGACUGAUGUUCGGUUGGUUGGGAUCGCCACUGGCUACAGCAGUGCAGCAGCUUAUUCUACCAGUUUACCACUUUGGCAGUGCUAAAGGUGUCCAGACCUUCAGCGGUGGAUAGUGUGGAUCCUGUUUGGAUUUCCAGGAACUAAAUUUGGCUAAUUAGGUGUAAAACUGCAGGUGAAGUUCCUCAAACUCCCUCAUGUAGUUCUGUGGUUAUAAAUGCUCAGCUUUUGAGUAGAACCACACUGUAAGAUCAUAAUGCAACAGUGACAUCCAGUGGUAUGACCUGUUCAGCUUCACAGGCCUGGUUCUUAGCUGACAGCUCGAGGCAAACACUUGGCAUCAGGUUGAGCUUUUGUUUGUCUGCAGUUUCUCUCCUUCAGGGAAAUGUUGCUGUUGUAAGUAGUUUUUCUUUAAUUCUGUUAGAAACUUCCAGAUUCCUGAGAAUUCAAACACCAAAAUGUAGCUUUACAAAAAUGGAUGUUAAGUUAGUUUUAAUUUUUUCUUACUUAUGACCAUUCUACAUAUUUCCAUCAUCUCUUUCUUACUAUGUCUUUCUCCUCCUCCACUGCUCGCUCCAAGCCUCCUCUCUGAGCUGAACUCAGGGCUCUGACACAUGAAAACGUGCUUAUUUAUUACCAAUGUUGCUGAAAAUUACUGGUUGUCUGCGUAUCAGACAUGCAACUCUUCUGUCUCUAGAUGGCUGAUGAGCUGGCUAACCAACAACAACAAACAGCUGGUUAUAAGCUAGCAUAAUGCUGGCUAACAUUAGGCU